AUGUCGAUCAACCCGCUUCCGAAAGUGUUGUUCUUUGACGUCUUCGGCACCGUCGUGGAAUGGCGCUCCUGUGUCACUAGGGCCCUGAUGAAAGCGGCCACGCGCGCCCUUUUGGACUCGGAAAAGCAGCUGUCAGUGGACGUCCGCAUACGGGCAGAGGCCAUGACCACUGAAGAUUGGCAGGCCAUUGCAGUUGAAUGGCGCGCGUCCUACGGCCAUUUUACCGCCAGCUUCGACCCGUCCUCAGCAUUCGUCUCCGUCGACGAGCAUCAUUACACUUAUAUCCAGAAGUUGCUCCAGCAGAGAGGUCUCGGUGGCCUGUUCACCGAUAAGGAGCGAUGGGAUAUUGCACUCUGUUGGCAUCGUCUCGAACCCUGGUCGGACACAGUGGAAGGUCUAAGGCUGUUGAACCGCCAGUUCCGUACCUGCACCCUGUCUAAUGGCAAUGUGGCUCUCCUAGAAGAUCUUCGGGACUAUGGCUCUCUACCCUUUACGGACGUGGCAAGCGCGGAGCACUUCGGAGCGUAUAAGCCCUCCCCUCAGGUAUAUCAUGGAGCAGCCAAGCGGUUCGGCUUGGAACCCAGUGAAUGCGGUAUGGUGGCGGCGCACUUAUACGACCUCAAAGCGGCAAAGGCAUUGGGUUUCAUGACGAUCUAUGUUGAACGGCCCCAGGAAGAGAAUCUAAGUGCUGAACAGGCUGCCGAAGCUAGAGAAGAGGGCUUCGUCGACCAAUGGUUCGGUCUUGGCUGCGGUGGCUUGGUUGAAGUAGCCAAGCGUUUUGGCAUUCCGACACAAAUGAGCUCGUAG